AUGGCAAGGAUUUCUAUGUUGUUCUCUCUCGCCUUCGCCCUCGCCGUGGCCUCCGUCUCCGGCCACUCCUCGGCCUCGGCCUCAGUCAAGAAAGGCCAAUACUCUCCUCCAUGCACAGUGGAACAACUCAAGACCUUACCCUUUGUCCAGAUCAAGAAAUUCAUCGAUUUGAAAUCGAGUUCUGUCCUAAAAACACCUGCCUUGUCUUCGACAUUCUCCGCCUGCAAGGACUACACCUCGUUCCUGGCCGAGUUCUCGAAGCGUGGAGACUUCGAGUUCGCCUUCCAUGGCCUGGUUUCGGCCAUAUGGAAGGCGAAAUUCCUGGCCAUGAGGCAAUCGCUCUUGGCCGUUCAGACGGGUUUCGGCGUGGGAGGGAAGGCAUCUCUGCAACUAAAGAAGAACUACGAGGGAAUGGUGAAUGGAUUCGCAGUGAUUCCGGCCAAGAUCGCAGAGAUAUCCGCCAGGCAUCAGUUCAAGGCCAGAGCUAAGCUCACCGUCCAAGAGAAGAAAGAGUUCGCCGCUGUUUUCGGAUCGUUCAAGAAGUGCUUCAACAGUUACAUUGACGCCAUUGCCAAGUUCUCCGACAAGAAGCAUGUUUCUGCCGGAGGACAACUGGGAGGACAGAUCGGGAAACACUUGAUCGGGAACGGAAACUUCUUUCCGGGGAUCGGAGGCAAAGCUGAGUUCUCGGCCUCGGCCUCGGCCUCGGGAAAGGUCAACGUCCAUGGGAAGAAGAAGAAGAAGAAGCCUCAUCACUAG